UCCUCACACCCUGACGAAGAUUUUCUCUUGUAAAUUGAAUAACUGACACUUCACGUAAAAUCGUAUCACUGCCACCUUCGCGGUCUUCUUGACAUGUCAAGUCCGUGAUCGAGGGAAACUAACGAAAACACAAAUAGAAAAUGAACGUCAACUUUGGCCCAUUUCAUUUGAUUUUUACGUAAUGGUUCAGUGUGCAUCGAUUGACCUUCGCAAGUGAUUCUCUGGUGUGUAGUGAGAUUUACUCCGAUGUUUGUGAUCAACCCUCAAACAUUGAAAAAAUUCAAUUGAUGGUUGCAAGAGUCCUUAGGCGUUGUAUCAUCACGUGGGAGGAAGCAUAAUGCCAAGUAGCAUAGCCAGGCACCUCUCCCACUGUUGUCUCCUGGCAACGGUAAUCAUUAUUUUCGAGUACACAUCUGGUGCGCUCUUCAACGAGGACAGGCCAGAGCUGAAUCCCUGGACAGACUACGGUAUCCUCGGUGCAGCACUCCUCUACUUACUUCGCGUCCUGACAUUCCUCUCCUUUCCCCAAGUUCUGUUCAACUUCUUCGGCUUCACAAUCUACAACGCAUUCCCCGACAAAGUUGUCCUCAAGGGUUCGCCCCUCCUCGCUCCCUUCAUCUGCAUUCGUGUAGUCACUCGUGGGGAUUAUCCCCAACUGGUGAAGACAAAUGUCCGGAGGAAUCUCAAUAAAUGCACCGAGGCAGGACUCGAGAAUUUUCAAAUCGAAGUUGUGAGUGAUAAAGCCAUUGGUUUAAGCCCUCACAGGAGGAUAAGGGAGGUUGUCGUGCCCUUGAAUUACAGAACGAGCAGUGGUGCACUGUUCAAAGCUCGUGCCCUUCAGUACUGCCUCGAGAACAGUGUCAAUGAACUCGCUGAUCAUGACUGGAUUGUUCAUCUGGAUGAGGAGACGUUGUUGACUGAGAAUUCGGUGAGGGGCAUUUUGAAUUUUGUCCUCGAUGGGAAACACCAGUUUGGACAGGGGCUCAUCACCUACGCCAACGAGGAUGUUGUCAACUGGAUUACGACACUUGCUGAUAGCUUUAGGGUCGCUGAUGAUAUGGGAAAACUCAGGCUGCAGUUCACUAUGUUCCAUAAACCAUUGUUCAGUAUGAAGGGAUCAUUUGUCGUCACUCAGAUGGCAGCAGAGCGUCAAGUGUCCUUCGACAACGGUCUUGACGGUUCUGUCGCGGAGGACUGCUUCUUCGCGAUGAAGGCCUUCACCAUGGGCUACAGCUUUAACUUCAUAGAAGGGGAGAUGUGGGAGAAAAGUCCCUUCACCCUCUGGGAUUUUGUUCAACAAAGAAAACGUUGGCUCCAGGGAAUUCUUCUGGUAGUUCACUCCAAGGUAAUUCCUCUGAAGAAAAAGCUACUCCUCGCAAUCUCGUGUUACUCCUGGGUGACACUGCCCCUGUCAACAUCCAACAUCAUCCUCGCAGGUCUCUGUCCCAUAUCGUGUCCACAGUUUAUCGAUGUUCUGUGUGCAUUCAUCGGUGCAGUGAGCAUAUACAUGUAUAUAUUUGGCGUCAUAAAAUCAUUUUCAUUGUACCGUUUUGGUAUUUCGCGGUAUAUUCUCUGCAUCGGUGGUGCACUUGCAACAAUUCCCUUCAAUUUAAUCAUCGAAAAUAUCGCGGUCAUCUGGGGAAUAUUCGGUAAAAAACACAAAUUCUAUGUCGUGAGUAAGGAGUUUAAACCACCGGUGACUGUCUAAGGAUUUUCAACUCCUAGUAAUAAUUAUGAUUUCACUAGUUAUAGGGAUAAAAUGAUUCCAUUGCACCCCUCGUACCUGUUUUUAUUCAGAGUUGAGUCGAAAUAAUGAAAGUGAUGAGUGAAAAGGUGAAGUUGUGGAAUCACACGAGUCAAUAUCAUGUUCUGAUUUCAUAAUCGAACAUCGUCCUCCAUUGGGUUUUCUAUUUUUGCGCAGCCCUAGAGUCUCCAAAAAUCAUAAAUCCAAUCGUAUCUGUGGUAUAUUUCGGAUUAUGAAGAUGAAAUAACAAUCGGGGGCGACAUAACAAAAAGUUUUUGGGAAAAUUAACUGUCUUGUCUGGAUUGUACAAUACUUUGAAUUGACUUGUGCCAUUUGACGACUUCAUCGCUGAACUUUGUGGAACAUUCUGUACAAAUUUUUUAAGGAUUAUCGACAAUCUCAAAUGAGGAAUCAAAAUAAUCAUAGAGUGCAUUAUUUUUUUUUAAGUGGAAUAUUUUCCAAGGGAAUCGUUGCAGUACGUACGUUACGCACUUUGUGUUUAUAUUAGGGUUUUAAAACAUAACUUUGACAAUUAUGUCAUUUGUUGAGGAGAGAUCGUCAGUAUAUUUUUUAAUUGAGUUCAGGAUAUCCAUGGAGGGAGUGCACAUGAUUCAGGACGACUUUCGAAAUUUAUUGAUUGGCACUUCAAUGAAUAUUCGUGGGUGAGAAAACUGAAUCACUUGAGAUUAGAGACAUAUCAGGGGGGGGGGGGUUUAAAGAGAUGAUGGAAUUACUUUUUCUUGAGUGAAUGGAUGGAAAAAAUGGAAAAAGUGCAAUGCACUCAGAGACGUCGUUGUAAAAUCUCUCUCUGGGAAUUAUUGGACUAAUAAUCUAUUUUUAAAAGCUCCACUGAGUGGUUACACUACGAUCUUUCCUUAAUACUGACAAAGCACAAGAUCUGAUCUUCUUUAGUCACAAAAAAGUGCACCUUUUCUUCUGAAAUUCAUAAGGCGUCUAGUCACGAAUGUAAUCUACAAUCAACGAGAAAAUUCUCAGUCUUUUAUUAGACUACAAUGUUGUCUUGACUUUGUGACUGUCUCAUGUUAUAAUAUUUCAUAAUUUUUAUCACGUCGAAUUUCAUUUACGGUUGAUACUAAGACUUCCAAGUAUGUUUAUUAAUAAUAUGAAAAAUUCUGUCGAUUAUUUAAGUUGUGUAAAUCGAGAUUAUACGAGACAUAAUCUGCGCGUGAAUUUAUAGAUUAGAGAAACGAAAGGAAUGCGAGACAAAUUUGACAUUUUAAUUAAUUUAAAAUCGAAAACAAUUUUUUCCUAGUUGUUUCUUUCCAUUUUCUUCUGGGCAAGUGAGUUUCAAUUAUUUCCGAAAUAAUCUGCAUAUUUUCUUCGAUUUAACUAUUUAUACCGAUUUGCUACCGAUUUAUGUCUUCUGAGAGAAUUUUUACAAAAAAAUCAUUUACACAGCUAGAAUUAAUGGUUAGAGCUGCCUAAUUCCGAAGUACUUAACAAUUAAGUUCUUCUUUAGGAAUGCGAAUAUUGAAAAUGUUCUACCAAAGCCUUAGUGUAAAUACGUUCACUCUAAAAUGACAAAAAAUGUAAUCUCGUUUCAAAUAUCAAAGAUACUUGUUGAUAGCAUUAAUUAUACAUUUGAUUGAGAGAUUUUUGAAUGCUUAAUUAACGAGACAUUAGCAACUGUGAGAUCUGUCCAUAAUAUUAGUGUAAAUUUCUCACAAAAUUUGAAGAAAAAAUCACUCGCAUAUGCAUAAUGAAGAAAUGCAUAAUUCUCGGUGAUAUUUUACCUUCUCAAUUUUGUAAAGCAAAUUAAAAGAUCUCUCGCACCAAUCCGUAAUACUUUUUAAUUAUUAAUCAUGCUCCGAUGAAUCUCUGAUUUGAUACUCUAAAAUAAUUUUUGAUAGGUUAAAAAUAUAAUUUAAGUUAUCAGGCGCAGCAAUUAGCUCUGCGAUAAUUUCACUACAAAAAUCGCAAUCGGAUUCAUAGUUAUAUCAACAUCCAAUGGUAAGAGAUGAUAAGGCUGCCCUGAAUAACGUAACUUUAUCAAAUUUUUCAUUGCCAGUUCUAGGCCUAAUUUUAUAGGCUUUUGCGAUAAUUUCAAUGCCUGCGGCAGUUCCUUUACCGUUUUUAAGAAUGUUAAUAAUCAAUUUUUAUUAACGGAAUGUUAAUUCUCGAGAUGAGAGUCGUCAGCGAAUUGUCAUUAAAAACCAUUGAAUAAUGUUGAUGAAUAAAAAAAUUUUCCUCAUAACACAA